GGAAUAAAGAACAGACCCCGUGUUGGCAAAUUAACCGGCGUGGUCGAAGCGCACGUGGUCCUACGACGAUUAAUUAUAAUCGGAUGUAACAAUAAUAAUACAACAGAGUGAAAUACAAGCUGUGCUCAAGAUUAAAAUUACAAUAUGUCAAAAGACAGUGAAGCAUGUUCCAGUCAAGUCUCGAAGAGCCACGAGCCUGUUGUGGUACAUAAUAGAACAACGAAACAGUUAUCAAAGCAAGAUCUAAAAUAUUCCGUUGUCAAAUUUAAUGAAGAAUGUGAAGAAGACGAAACAUAUUCUGUGAUUCCAACUUUUUGGUUAAAAGAUGAUAAAUACACUUAUUGGCCAAAAAAAGAUACACGUAAUUCUAUUUUAAAAUGCAAGAAACCUCGCAAUGAUUGGAUGCUUUAUCCAGUUACUGUUCUCGCCAAAUAUGAUUUAUAUGAACAUGCUCUAAGAAAAGAAAAGAGAUUGAUGGAAGACAAAAGUAGUAAUAAUGAAUCAGAAAAUUUAGGCCGUGGACUUAGGAAAAGAAUGAUUCCAAAUCGUUUUGAAAAAGAGAAUGAUAAUAGUAGUGAUUCGAGCAAAACAGAUAAAGAAGAAAACAGCAUCAGUGAUAACGAUUCGAUUCCUGAUAAGACUUUAGAUGAACAAGAUAAUGAUGACCAAAAUGUUGAUGGGGAUACACAAAUCAUGAAUAUUUAUGACCUUCCUGUUGUUAUAGAAACAGAGAACAAUACUAUUCCUGUGAAUAAUACUAAUCAAACUCUUGAUUCUAUUCUACGUUACGUUAUUGAAAUAAAAAUUUUAUGUACACGAUUAGAUAAUCGCUUACAUAAUGUAGAAAAUGGCAAUCAUGUAAUAAAUAAUCAUAAUACUGAUAUGAUUCCACAAUUACCAAUGAAUCAAAUUGAAGACAUUGAUAAUUUUGAAGCUAUAUUAGUGGCAGAAGAAGCGCAAUCACAAUUGGUUAACAUGUUGGUUUUGAUUGGUGGUGUUACAUCAAAAGACGCAUUAAAAAGAGCUUUGCAAAAGUUGUUUUCUAACAAUCUUGUUUCAAAAUGUUCUUGGACUGGAGCAAAGAACAAUUUUAAAUUAAAGGAUUUAAAAAUUAUUACUUGCAUAAAAUCUGCUAUAAAAAAAAGUUGUCCUGCCGUUACAGAAGCGGAGUUUGAAGAAAAUUUAAAAACUUGGUUCAGACAAAUCUCCGAUUAACUCGCGAAAAUGCGAGAGCUAAUGCAGCGAAUAAUGACGCAUAAAUAUACCACACAGUAAAAUUAUAGGUGCUUUCCAUUUAUACUAAAACUCAGAUAAUUCUCACUUGUGACGUCAUGACUCAGUUGCAUGCACGUUCUUUUAGUUUCUCACAAGUGAGAUUUAACUGAGUUUUUACUUUCAAUCUGCACAAGCUCGAGAUCGUGUGGUUUACUGAGUCCAAUAGACUCACUUUAAAAGUGAGGUUAAGGAAAAAUAAGUCGUAAUUUGUCGUUAAUUUCACUGAACAAUGACGUCAUUAUCUGAGCAUGAAAUACUCAGAUCACUUCAGACUCAGUUUCACUUGCGUGAUAAUGAAAAGCAGCUAAU